AUGCGAUCCAGCGCCCAGCGCAAACCUUUCAAACACCUGAAUGGGAAAACCCCUUCUAAAAAGCGGCGUUCUCUUCUUGAGCGAUUUAAACCUACGGCUGCCUCACAUCACCAAAACUCUUAUGGAGGUGAUGGCUACGCCAAAGAGGCGCAUCCCAAUCAAUCCUUCUCCUUUGCACCAACUGCAACUGCGGCCGCUACGACGACCGCUCCAAAAACCCAUACCUCUCUUCGAGCCCGCUUCGACGCUCUCUUACCACCGCACAAAACUUACCUCGGCCUUUCCCGCAAGCGAUUUCUCCUCUUCGUCGUACUACCCCUUGCAAUUCUUAUCCUCUUUGUUCUACCUCUAGCGCUGGGCCUUGGCCUCUCCAAGCGCGGUGGCAAGCAAGAUCUGCCUCUGCCGAACAACAAGGACACCCACACCGGUGAUCUGACCUACUACGACGUGGGGCUGGGGGCGUGCGGCAAGACAAACAGCAACGACGACUUCAUCGUGUCCGUCUCGCACUACCUGUGGGAUGAUGUGCAGGAGGGUGGCAACCCGAACACCAACUUGCUGUGCGGAAAGAAGAUUCGGAUCAGACGCGAGGGCGAGGGCUCUGUGGACGUCACGGUCGUGGACCGGUGUACUGGCUGCAAGCCCACUGAUUUAGACAUGAGUCCUGCUGCAUUUCAGCGGCUGGCCGAUAAGGCUGAGGGUAGGGUGACUGGUACGUGGAGUUGGCUGGACUGA